CUCAAAGUAUACGGAACAUUGCACCACUACUGGCAGAGCUCAGACACUUUCUAUUUUUAUGAUCAUUUCUAAAUAAAGUUUAUACACAUUAUUAUAUCAAAGUGGCAACUAGCCCACCACUAAAGACCCAAUCCUCCUCCUCCUCUUCCUCUGCUGCUGCUGCUGUUUCUGUUACUAAAUGGACUCCCAUUAGAGAAAGGACUGACAUUACACCACAGGAAAUAGCUUUAAGAAGAAUUAGGAGUAUUUUGAAUAAACUAACUCCUGAUAAUUUUGAAAGGCUCUCCAUUGACCUGUGUAAUGUCAUCCGUCAUAAUAAUAAAGAAGUAUUGAAAGGGUCGAUAUUACUGAUCUUUGAUAAAGCUGUCGAAGAGACCAAUUACACUUAUCUUUAUGGACAGCUCUGUCUAAAAUUGAAUCAUGAAGCUCCAAAUUUUGAAGAACCAUCCAGUAAAAUUACAACGUUUAGGCGUGUUUUGCUUGCUAAGUGCAAGGAAGCUUUUGAGAACAGAACCAAUGCAACUUCAAAUGUGGGCUGGGUAGGUAGGUGUGGUCCCAAAGGAGAGUAUUGGGAAGGGGCACACCCCUCUGUUGCUAAAAGAAAGACACUUGGGAAUGUGACUUUUAUUGGUGAGCUGUUUAAAAUUGGAAUGUUACAUGAAAGAAUUGUCCAUCAAUGCAUACAAGAAUUGCUUGAGAGGCGUCGGUCACUGGACGGGAUGUGUGACAACAUAGAGUGUGUUUGUAGUUUACUGGUAACCGUUGGCAACCGAUUGGACACCAGCAAGGCCAGUGGUUGGGUUGAUCAAUACUUCAAGAGAAUGGAAGACCUCAUGAGCUCAAACGACUUCCCCUCAAGAAUAAAGUUUAUGAUUAUGAACACUGUGGACCUUAGGAGAAACCAAUGGGUUCCUCGUAAUACUAAAGUCCUUGAGGUGCCUAAACCCCUUGAUAGAGGACCAGUACUUGUUGAAUAUUCACCUCGUGUCUCCCAGAACAAUCACAAAACUUCUGCACCUCUUAUAAAAAAUCCAGGACCCCCUAUUAGAGGAUUUGGUCAAAAUAAAGGUUUCAUGCAGUUGCCUAGGGCAGCUAGUAAAAGUCCCGGACCCCCUCAUAAAUCAUUAAGUCCUGGACCCCCUCUUAAAACUACAGGACCCCUUGUCAAAGAAGGUACUUCUACUAAAGAUGUUAAUUUGAAAAAACUACCGACGAGGAAAGUAACAAGCAGUGAAAGUGUCAGUUUACGUCCUUCCUCUGCCUCUCGCAAGUUUCAACAGCAAAGACUCCACCCACCUGCUCCAAAAGAUGAAGCCACACCCAUCAGUAUAAUUCCACGUACCAGAGAUGAUUCUUCUGAUGAUGAAGCCACACCCAGUUGCCAUGACUACCAUGUUGUUUCUGUCAAAGGAUCGCAAACUGAGGGGAAAGAAUUAUUAAAACCAAAUACAAAAAUUCAAGCUGGUCCUGAGCUCUCCAAUUCAGAGAUUGUUUUGAUACCGAUACUGACCCAAUACUUGUCUCAUAAGAGGGUUCCUGAUGCAGUACAAUUGCUAAUGACCAGCCAUAUUGAUUUGGAUGAAAUAACGCAUACUCUAAUUAAUGGAACACUCAAUAAAUCAGAAGAUGACAGAACUCUGGUUAGUUUGUUAUUUAACGAGUUACAUAAGGAGGGUGAUCUGUCCUCAUUAAUAUUCAUGAAGGGUAUUGAAAAGGUUUUGUCCAAUAGAGUUAAAUUUGAGUCUGUCAUUAACAGAAACUCAAUAUCUGGUUACAUAUCAAGAGCAAUUGUUCGAGGUGUGGUCACAUUAAGUAUUGCCAUGGCAACGUUUAAGGAUGGGGCCCAUUCCCCUAUUGGUCUUAUAGUGGUACAGUCUUUAGUGAAUCUGAUUGGUCAGGACUCGUUAAAGAAACUUUUUAAAGAUAACGGAAUGUUAAUAACAGAGAUAUUAGCACCUGUUGAUAAACCAUACCAAUCAGCAACUAAAGUACUGGAAAAGAAAAAUUUAGGAUUCUUGUAUCCAUUGAAGCAGCUACAGGUUCAAUUGAAGUCACUUUUAAAAGAACCUCUCACGACCCACCUGACACUGUACAAGUGGAUUAAGGCUAAUGUUGAUCCUUUAUUUUAUAAAAACACUGACUUCAUUGUGCUACUAACUAAAUGUAUCUUGUCACAUGUCAUUAAAGCAACAAGUGAAGCUCCUUCAAAAGAUGAUUUAGACAAAGAGACAUUCAAAAUGGAGGAUUACAAGCUAGUGCUACAGAAGUUUGUAUCGGAAGAGCCAGUGCUACAGUUAGGGGUACUGUAUGCCACUCAAGUUUACUGUAAUGACGUUAACUUUCCAAAAGGAUUAUUGUUGAGGUUGUUCUCCUAUUGGUACAAUAUGGAUGUGGUUGAAGAGGAAGUACUAAUGAAAUGGAGAGAAGAUGUUAAUGAAGACUAUCCUGGAAAAGGGAAAGCUUUAUUUCAAGUUAAUCAUUGGCUGGUUCUGCUAGCAGAAGCUGAAGUUGAAUCCGAUUAACAUUGUUUUUAUUAUUAUUAUAUUUAUUGUUAUUUAUUAUCAUUAUUUAUAAUGCUUUUAGAAACCACUAGUAUCAAACCAG